CCGAAAAGCAAGCAGUUGCCUUGAACACAGCAGAGUGUCUGCUCACUGUCAAUAUCACUCCCGCUCAGCGUGCCAUGCCAUGGAUAUAAUAUUUGGCAGAAAUAAGAAGGAGCAGCUGGAACCUGUGAGGGCCAAAGUGACAGGCAGGAUUCCCACAUGGCUGCAGGGCACCCUGCUGCGCAACGGGCCUGGAAUGCACACAGUGGGGGAGACUAGAUACAACCAUUGGUUUGAUGGCCUGGCCUUGCUCCACAGCUUCACAAUUAGAGACAGUGAAGUCUAUUACAGGAGCAAAUACCUGAGAAGUGAUACCUACAACGUCAGCAUCGAGGCCAACAGGAUUGUGGUGUCAGAGUUUGGAACGAUGGCCUAUCCGGACCCCUGCAAAAACAUAUUUUCCAAAGCAUUCACCUACUUGUCCCAUACCAUCCCUGAUUUCACAGACAACUGCCUGAUUAACAUCAUGAAGUGUGGAAAAGACUUCUAUGCAACCACAGAGACCAAUUACAUCAGGAAAAUCAACCCACAGAAUCUGGAAACCCUGGAGAAGGUUGAUUAUCGCAAAUAAGUGGCUGUAAAUCUGGCAACAGCACAUCCUCAUUAUGAUGCAGCCGGAAAUGUUCUUAAUAUGGGCACAUCCAUCAUGGACAAGGGGAAGACGAAAUAUGUGAUCUUUAAGAUCCUUGCCACUGUACCAGAGGACAAGAAGGGGAAGAACCCCUUGAAGCACAUGGAGGUGUUCUGCUCCAUCACCUCCCGCUCCCUCCUCUCCCCGAGCUAUUACCACAGCUUCGGAGUCACCAAGAACCACAUUGUUUUCCUCGAGCAGCCUUUCAAGCUAGGUAUCCUCAAAAUGUCAACUGCAUACAUCCGGGGAGUGAACUGGGACUCCUGCCUGGCUUUCCACAAGGAGGACAAGACUUACAUUCACAUCAUCGACCAGAGGACCAGGAAGCCUGUGCCCACCAAGUUUUACACGGACCCCAUGGUGGUCUUUCAUCAUGUCAACGCCUACGAGGAGGAUGGCUGCCUUCUGUUUGACGUCAUCACCUACGAGGACAGCAGCCUUUACCAGCUCUUCUACUUGGCCAACCUGAAGCAGGACUUUGAGGAGAACUGCAGGCUCACCUCCAUCCCCACCCUCAGGAGGUUCGCUGUACCCCUCAAUGUGGACAAGGAUGCAGACGUGGGCUCAAAUUUAAUCAAACUGGCAUCUACAACAGCAAGAGCCCUGAAGGAAAAAGAUGACCAAGUCUAUUGCCAGCCGGAGUUGCUUUAUGAAGGCUUAGAGCUGCCUCGGAUCAAUUACGCUCACAACGGAAAGCCAUACCGCUAUGUCUUUGCUGCUGAAGUUCAGUGGAGUCCCAUCCCAACCAAGAUACUGAAAUAGGAUGUUCUCACAAAGUCAUCCUUAAAAUGGGGACAGGAGCACUGCUGGCCAGCAGAACCCCCGUUUGUACCCACACCGGGUGCCAAGGACAAGGAUGACGGGAUUAUCCUAUCAGCCAUCGUCUCUUCCGAUCCCCAAAGGCAGCCUUUUCUGCUUAUUCUGGAUGCCAAAAGUUUUACAGAAUUGGCUCGCGCAUCCAUUGAUGUAGAGAUGCACCUGGAUCUCCAUGGGUUAUUCAUCCCGGACACAGACUGGGACAAGAGGAAGCAGGCCCCUUCCCAGGAAGAGCGGGACGGGGCACCAGAUUGCCUCGUGGCCCCUCAGAGCUGACUGGGUUGGGGCCUGGGCCCUGGGCCCUGGGCAGAACUGCUCCACUGGCAGGCUCCCACAGGACUCCAGGCUUGCUCCCUCUCUGAGUGAAGGGGAGGUCCUUCAUUUCGCUUUGCACUUAUUCUUUGUGUGACUGCUUUGAGACAAAGGUAUGGAAAUAGUGCUUGUCAGUAUCUUUUCUUUCAACUGAUUUUGGCUAUAAAAACCUUAUUUGAAAGUGGAUCAAAUGUUUAUUGAUUAGCUCAAGCACUUCUAAGAAAGCCCUUUUCC